AUGCCUUUUCUGUUUAACUUUUCAGCAAACUUGUUGCCUCUGGACAAACCAGUUGCCUGGAGUGAAGGAUUUGAGCUGUCAGACCGGAUUGUGGAAGCAGAACCUUAUGUGAAGGCCUCGGAUUUCAUCAUUCCUGUCUUUGUUUACAGUGUGCAGCAGUUGCCAACUCCCCAGCUGAAGGAUGAGCUGAAAGAAAUACUUCAUACUGCCACACAGCUCACAACCGUCGUUCCCAUCGUUGUCCUCACUCAUCGGACUCACAAGAACUAUCCUCAAGUCGAAGCCAUGUUCAGGGACAUUGGAACAGAGAAGUUUUUUCCUGUUGAAAAUUACACCGAAAAAAAUCCAAAGAGAAAAAAGGAAACUGACGAGGAGAUCAUCCAGUUUCUAUAUGAAGUCAUCAGCGACGCUGAGUUCCGAGCUAGCUAUCCCCGGGACGCGGAUCAGGAGAUGAGUGAUCGGAAGGUGUUUGUACUGAAAUAUAUUCACGACAGAGAACUGAUGAUUCAGAGACAAAACCUGGACAGACAGAGAUAUGUGGAGAUCAAGGGGGCGGAGCAGGCCUUCAAACUUAGGAAGGAAGAGGAGGAAAAAGAGCGGCGAAAAAGUGGGGAAUUAUUUAAGGAAAAAUUAGAGAAGAUGCGAGGAGAAUUCCAGAGACAGCAACUGCGGGACCAGUAUGAACACGAAAAGAGAAAGAAAGAGCUGCAAAAAAGGAAGAGCAAAUAA